AUGGGGGUGCGCAACAAGUGCCUGAUGUACAUGAUGUGUGACAGCGGCAACCUCACAGACGCUGACCAGCCCAUGGAAGCGCUGAGACUGUACUAUCAAAUGUGUUCGCUGGAAUUGGAUGUGGAGACUCUCGGAGUCAUUGCGGGAAGUCUGGCCAAUGGUGGUGUCUGUCCACUUACAG